AUGAGUUCUUACUUCGUCAAUUCCCUCUUCACUAAAUUCAAAGGAAGUGAUUCUCUGCGAUCCAACUACUAUGAGUGCUCAGGAUACGCGCAGGACCUUGGAAGCAGACCAUCUGUGCUGUACGGUCACAACACUGGAUCUGCUUUUCAACAUACGGCGCAGUUCACGGACUUCUACCACCACGGUACACCAUCCUUCUCCCAUGCAUCUUACCAACAGAACCCGUGCGCGGUACCUUAUCCCGGAGAAGCCACGGGGAACAUCUUAGGGCAGGACGGGUUACAGAGACAGUCCAUUUUUGGCUCGUCAGAUGCGGAUUUUACUCAGUUUGGGGAUUGUACUAAUUUGAAGGUAAACGGUCUCAGGGAUGAUUUGGAAAGUGCGGAACCGUGCGCAGCGCAGCUCUUUCCGUGGAUGAGACCACAAGCUACCGGCCGGAGAAGGGGCAGGCAGACCUACAGCCGCUAUCAGACCCUCGAGCUGGAGAAGGAGUUCCUGUUUAAUCCCUACCUGACCCGCAAGCGGCGCAUCGAAGUGUCUCAUGCUCUUGCUCUCACUGAGAGACAAGUGAAGAUCUGGUUUCAGAACAGGCGCAUGAAGUGGAAAAAAGAACACAACAAAGACAAGUUUCCCAGCAGCAAAGUGGAACAGGAGGAAAUAGAGAGAAAAGGGCAAGCAGACAGCCAGGUAUCCGAAAAGCACACAUCAGAUGAGGACUCCGAAAAAGUUUAAACUUUUAGUUCUGACUCGUUCAGUCUGCUAACCAUCACUGGCCCAAAGGUCUGGAACUGUAAUAAAAAAGUGUCACUAUUACGUCUUUCGGACUUUAAAAGCAAUUUGGAAGAUUAUCGAAUACAAAGGCAAUCAUGUAUCCCAUCACUAAAUGUUCUUCUGGAAUACUACAGCAAUUAGGUUGUGUAUUUUCUGUGUUUGGAUAAGCCACAUUUGUUUUGCUAAAGUAUUUUAAGCUUCAUCUG